AUGGAAAGGUCAAUUCAUAAUGAUUUAAGAGGUGAAUUGAGAAAGCUUACAGAGAAUUUAGAUGAGCAUGCUACAUCCUGUUUCUUUGUAUAUAGAGAAAAAGAGCAUCCAGAAUUCAAAGAGGAAGUGCGAACUCGGAAGCCAGAAUGUGUGGAUAAGAAGUAUAAAAAACCAAUGUUUGGACCACAGGAUACAAUUGGAGAACCGGAUUUUAUAGUGGUUGACGACAAUUAUGCCAUUCGAAUACAAAACCCGAUGGCAGUGUUGUGA